CGUUCAGUGUUGGGCUCGCAAAUUUAUCGCAUCUCCAAACGCUGCGUAUCGCUUCUUCUUUUUCUUCUUCUAAUUCACCACGCUCGCUGCUGCUGCUGCUGGACAUCUCAAAGCGUCAGCUCUUGCCCCACUGGUUCAAGACGUAUGCUAUGGAGUCAAAAGAAGAAGAAGAAGAAGAAUAUGUAUUGCUCGAUCUCGAUUCCGUUUCCUCGCACUUUGAAAUUCCACCAAACGCACCCUAUUCUUUUUCCGGUCUAAACACGGAGCAUCCAGUAUUGACUAUAGGCGACAAACUCAAGUUGAUAGGAGAAUAUCAAGAAACGAUUGGAACAUGCCUUAUAUUCAAAGAAGAAGAUGCUAGCCCUGGAGUUCAUGAAGAAACGGGACCAUCAGAAGCAAACCUUUUUGCAGGCAAAUGCAUAAUGGAUCCAAAUCAAUCUCCAAGCAAGCAAGUAAAACCAGUUACGAGCCUUCAAAAGAUUUUAAAAUUUAGAUUGGCACCCAAUCUCGAGUCUCAUGUUCCACCUGAACAGUCUCGGGAUCCGGUGCUACAUACAGUCUCGUUAUAGAAGGAUUACUUGCAUGCUAAGCUAAAAGCCGAAUGCUGUUGUAGAGCCCUUUUCUGAUCGUUUUUCGGUUAGAUGCUUUCUUUUCCUUUUGACUUGGUCGUCACCAUGAGCUCCAGAGAAAAUUAGAAAGAGAAUCACUGAUUCGUUAAGGCUGCCACAUUUGUUUGCCUUUCAAACUAAAAAAUUGUUUCUUGCUUUUGUAUAUGGUUUCCCAUGACCCGUCCACCACUACCUUGCUGGAGUUGACCUAAAUGUAACACGGACAUGUUAAUAUGUAUUUGAAAGUGAUUUCCGCACCCGCUUUUGAAAGUGAUAAUUAAUA